AUGGAAUUUACAAAAUUUGCUCUCAACUUUUAUCUUUAUUGUUUAGUCAAUCCAGACAUUCGCAAGGUAUGUUCCCAUAUGAUUCGUUGCAAGCCUAUCAAAAAGCCUGCGCGGGUUUCAGGUCAACCAAUAAAUCCGAUAUCACAAUGUACAAAAUCUACAAGAUUCAUCACACGAUCGGAUAACAAACGACCGAAUAGAUCAAAAAAUUUACCAAGAAAUUCGAUAAUGCCUGAUUCCACAGAUGUUACAAUUACCGACACAGAUCAAAUGAUUUCAAUUCCAGAAAGCAAUGAAGCAAAAAAAGAAUUGGUAAUUGAAAGCAAUUCUGUAGAUGGAAAUACUACUAAUGCUUUGUAUAUUGUUAUCAAUGAUAAAGCUAUUAUCGCUGAUAAUUUCAAAGAAAUACGAUUGUUUAUUAGUGAUCACAGUAGCUUAGUAUAA